UAAUAAAUAUUUUUUGAAUGAAACAACAAAAUUUUUAUUCAAACAAAUAAUGUUUUGUAUAAGCAUAUGUUAUUUCAAUAAAACAAAUUUUAGUUAAAUAAAUAGGAAUACUGAAUCUAAAGACAUCUUUUUCUCUGUGUAUUAUUCUCUGUAGUAUGUAUUAAAAUAUUCUAAUUUUAAUUGGAAGAUAUUGUUACUUUUUCUAAUUUUUUCCUUUUAAAUAGUGAAAAUUAUUAUUAAAUAAAGACAAAUAUAUUAAUCUUAAAAUUAUAUAAAAUUUUUCAUGUAAACAAGUCAUGACUAUGUUAAGAUGAUCAAAUUCAUUAAACAUUUUAUAUUCUUGGUUACAUGUAAAAUGUACAAUGAUUGUAAUUUAAUACUAACGUGAGCGUGUGCACGCGCGCGUGUAUAAAAGUUACUUUUUUCUUCAAUUUUCUAAUUUUAUUCAAAUUAAAUAAAUUUAUUUUAAAAUAUUGUUGCCUUUUUUCCUCUGGGGAAAAAACUUCUCAAGAGUUUACGUGCGAGCGUGGAAAAUUUUUCUGUAAGAUUUCCUGAGAAUCUUGAGCUACGUACAAACUCAAUAUAUGUGUUUUCUUUAUUUUUUUUUUCACUUUCGCUCUAUACUUUCCUUCUACGACGGAUGAACGCAAUCUGUCGUGUCAUGCAUUGUAGGAGGCAAUAUGAAAAGAGAAAACAUUUCAGUUCGUCUCAUUUCUCUCGCAGCGGCAGAUGCAGAAAAUUGAAACGCAUUAAAAUGCAUUACGAAUCCGUGGCGCUGUAAUGUGACACGAUUUCGUGAAAGCACCGUAAACAUGUCUGAGACCAGCUGCAAUCCCUCGUAUUAUGGGAAUUGUAAUUUCUUUUUAUCAUAAAUGCGAAAUAAUAGGCUGGCGAGAAUGCAGUGCGAUAAAAUUUACUUCUACAGGAGUAAUUUAAUUUAAAACAAAGGGGCUAAAAUGGUUAUUUACCUUCGGGAAAAUCGUUAUGCAUUUACAGACAUUUAUAUUAUUUGAAUUAUAUAUUUUCAUUAGAAAUUGCAGUGCUAUGCUUAAUAUUUAAACGCGCAGAUGCGAACCGACCGGCAUUCAACGAAGAAACGCGCAAUUCUUUUCUGUCCUUCCAUCCGGCAUUCGUCUCUAUCGCCAAGAUGUUUAUGUAUGGGCACAACGGUGCAGCAGCUGCACCUUGAAUUACUUACCUAGAUUCUAGUCGUGUUAUCGACGUCGUAUCGUAUUCUUUUUACCAUGUAAUAUAGCUUUCGUAAAAAUUCUCCUCAUCCCCGGUAAAUACAUUGAAACUGUGACUGCAGACAAACCGCCGCGUAUGAAUAAUGCAAAAGGCGAUUAUUCAUAUUUCCCGGUGCAUAUUUAACGUACGGUUAGCAAUGAUUUUAGUUAGGUAAAUUUGUCGAAAUUUGGUACACUUAAAGUUUCGCGGAUGCAUCUAAUAAACGUAGACGCCGCUGUUUGACUUGUGUGUUAUUUGCCUAACGCGAAGAUAGCUUUUAAUAUAAACAUGAAAGGUGAAUCAAAGGAUAAAUUCAGCGCUGAAUUUAUGGCGGGAGUACGUGCCGAAGAUUACGAGCGAGGUAGACGAAAGAAGAAGGCGGCAACCACCCCGCGCCUUAUUGUGCCGCAUGCACCAAUGAAUGCACGUAACAAUGGUAACAGGGAUGAUGGUAAGAGGGGAGGGGAGGGGAGGGGAGGGCUUCGCAACGUCACUUCUCGGACACGAUAAACGCUAAAAUGUCGCGCGUAUUCGAUGCAAACUAGCCACACGGCCAUUAUAAUUUCCAUUUCAGUUAUGGCAAUUUCCAUCUCGGACAUGCAUCCACAAUUCGCUCUGUGGAACAGCGGAUUCGCUCGGGGCUUUAUCAUAUCCGAAAGACGCUUUUGCGGAAAGGUGUUUAAUGUUGCCGCAGCGAUAGGUACUCGAGUUCUCCUCCGGCAAGAAAACGGAAACGUGUUGAUGUACGAGUUCAUUCAAAAAGGGGGAACACGGAUGGCUUUUUCGUUCGCUCUUACAGGUUGCCAAUAUUAUCCGAAUCGCUGCAAAAACUGCGACAUUUGACCGUCAUAUCGGCAUUGCUGGGAACGUAAAAAGCUGCACGAAGAUCGAAAGUGGGACGAGCGAUAAUCAGCGCAGUGGCACACGGCAAAAACUCCCUGCAAUUAUUGCAGAUUACGAGACGAGAGCAUUAUUUUAUCUACACACGACGCAUGGAGCCGUAUAAGAACGCUGCGUUAAUGAGGGACGACAAUGCUCGACUUUCGCAGGCGUAUCCGAGAAGCGUACGAUUUCAUCGUUAGUAGAAACUUGGUUUGCGACGAAUCAACGGAGCUUGGAGGAAGAUCGUGGUUGUAUCUAUUUUGUUCGCGAUGUCACGGUCGCGACGACACGCCAUCGUGGGAGCCGCCAGGAUGGAGAAGAGCGUGUCCACAGCCGUUCUGCCCAACAUACAGGAAAUUUGCUCGUGUUCUAUGCCUUUUUCUUUUGGGUCUGCUGCUCUGGGGUGUCGUCUACUCGGUAAUGGGCGAUGACGCCGCCCCAGGUGGCCAACUGUUCGGAUUGGCCGCUGUGUGCAUCGCUGCGCAUUUCGGAGGUUGGCUAUUCUCUUUGACCACUCUUCCGGCUUUGAUCGGUAUGCUGAUCACCGGUCUAAUAAUGCAAAAUGUCGGACUCGUCAAGAUCGAGGGACAAUACACCGUGGUAGUUGCCAAUCUACGGAAAAUCGCUCUGGUUAUCAUACUCACCAGAGCGGGCUUGGACCUCGAUCCAACCGCUCUGAAAAGAUUGAGAAUCACCGUGCCAAAGCUGGGAUUGAUACCCUGGGUGAUAGAAACUACUGUGAUCGCCGUAAUGACGAGAUACCUCUUGGAUUUGCCCUGGGUGUGGGGAUUCCUUCUCGGCAGCAUCAUAGCAGCUGUCUCGCCAGCCGUGGUAGUGCCCUGCCUUUUCAGGCUGCGUAGCAAGGGCUACGGGGUCGCCAAGGGCAUUCCGACGCUGAUUAUCGCCAUAUCGGGAAUCGAUGAUGCUGCAUCCGUAGCUGUCUUCGGUAUCGUGAAGAGCAUCAUGUUUUCUCACGACGCGUUGUGGUACCAGAUCCUUCAGGGGCCUAUCGCGAUUAUCGGCGGUCUGGGAUUUGGCGUCAUGUGGGGCUGGUUGGCCAAAUACGUGCCGGAAAAGGGUGACCCUUUCAUGGUGCCUCUAAGAGUGCUGAUGUUACUCGGGGGUGGGUUGCUGGCGGUUUUCGGCAGUGAGGCAAUCGACCUUGGUGGUGCCGGGCCGCUCGCGGUCGUGGCUGCAGCUUUCGUAAGUGCCUACUUUUGGCAACAAGAAGGCUGGGAGGUGGACGAUAACCCGGUGGCCACGUCUUUCGAGAUCUUUUGGAUGAUAUUUGAACCAAUCUUGUUUGGCAUUACCGGCACGCAGAUCAAGCUCAAUGAGCUUGAAGGAAGAACCGUCUACCUCGCGUUAAGUUGUUUGAUUGCAGGUAUCGUCAUCCGUAUCGGAGCGACGAUAUUGCUUGGGAUCGGUUCUAAGCUAAAUCUCAAGGAAAAGGUGUUCAUCGCUCUGGCGUUGAUGGCGAAGGCGACCGUGCAAGCGGCUCUAGGACCCGUUACCCUCGACGAGGUCAACAAGAAUGAUCAUCAACAAAUUGAGUAUGCCGAGACAGUGCUGAUGAUGUGCGUACUCUCGGUACUUCUGACUGCACCGGCGGGAGCUAUCCUCAUCAUGCUGUCAGGACCGAAGCUGCUGACUAAGACCACAGCGCCGGUUAGUCCGCCGGAAGCUUGGAAAAUGCGCAGACCGUCGAUCCGCGACAUCUCGAUCAUCAAUGAAGACCCGGACCUUGAGGAAAGUGCGAACGAGAGAAAGCCCUGACAAUCGCAUCUACUUCGUAUUCCAAGCCAGGCUGAUAGCAGGAGCCCGCCUUCGUUUCCCGGCAUUUCGAAAGUGCCUAAACAUACUCUUAUUUUAGUUACCCAAGGCACGACUUAACGAUCAUAGGCUUAUGUCCGUACGGUCACUGUGGUGAGAUAUUAAUGAACCAGGAGGUUUAAUGUCAGCCAACUUACAUGCCCAUGGUCUAAAAUGAAGUAAUCAUAGCGAUCCCUUAUGAAAAAUACAUCCAACUAGUGUCCGAAAUGACACUCAAAUGAAUGUUAACUCCCAAAUAAACCUCCAUAUGGAUUCAUUUGAGUGUCAUUUCGGUCGGGCGUAUUUUUCCUAAGGGAUAUUCCAGUGAUAUUGUAGCUGGAACUUUUAUCCUGAAUUACGCGUGGAGAGAUUUUAUUCUGACAUUAAGUCGGUUGGUCUCAUUAUACUUUUAAGUGGCAAAGCGAUCGAACUUAAACAAUAAUUUUAGUCCAAGCAAAAAUGAAAUGUGAAUACGAUACAUUGCACCUUGCAUAUCUGUAUAAUAAUGCAAAAUUAAGAGAUUACGAUUUAUUUAAGGAUUUUAUGAUCUUGGGAUUUGAGAAUCCGUAAGGCCAUAAAUUCAAAGUUUCAUGGAUGAUCUUGGAACGUAUUAUACUGUGCGCAUGCGUGCGCAAUUUGUUGACGAAUUUAUAAUUAUAUUUAUCGUAAUUAUAAUUAUACGUCUUACGAUACAUUAUUGUAAUCAUAAUUAUGAAUAAUUAUAGCGUUUCACGUAUUUCUUUUCUUGAGCACUUUAUUUUAAGCACAAAAUCUGUUAGCAAAAUGCUGCGAUCGUCUUAUACUUACUUACGUUAUUAUAAUGAAUUUGUUACCAAUAUUGGCGGAAUUGUUGCAUUUUUAAACAAAAAAGGAAGAGACUGUGCCGCGGGGGAGGCAAUUUUAUCAAUAAUAUGUAUUUUAUUAAUUUUAUUCAUUCAACAUUAAUUUUUAUGUUAUGUUUAUGUUUACCGCGUGUGGGUAGUUAUGUUUAUUCCUGCGGAAGAGAAAAUCGUUCGUUGGACGACGGGUUACCAUGUGACACAUUUAAAGACAUUGUUGUAACAGAUAUCAACGAAAGAUGCAAUUGUGCGCUAAUUUGCCAUUAAUAUUAAGUGAUUUUGGAAGCUCUAUGAGUGAUUGAUUUGUAUAGGUAUCGACCGUAUUAUGACGGAUUGUAUGAUUAUAAGCGCGCGCUUUUGUAAUAUAUAUUGGAAAGAAGUGAAUUGUGCGAGAGUGCGAGUCUGGCAUUAGAACCGCCGGCUACAAAAUUAUGCCACGUGGUAUCUUAAUCUUUUUCAUAAGAAGUUUUUUCAGUGAAAGAAGAAAAGCCGUUUACUUUUUAAGUUUUUAAGUUUUGUAACGGCAUAAGAGAGUUUAGUCUCGGCUGGUUUCGGUAUAAAAACAGUAACGCGUGUUUUCUCAGAUAAAUUCUCAUAUGUCCUGGAUGUAUCCUAGACGCAACCUGGAUACGUAGUGUAAACAUUUAUUGUUGUAAAAAAUCAUAAUUUUAUCGUUAAACUCCAUUUGAAUAUACAUUUAAAAUAAAAGCAGUUUUUGCUAUC